AAGACAGACAACAUGCUGCCUGCUGUUGUAAAGCUCUGCUGUGGAAUCUCCUACCCACAUCUAAGGAGUCUCGCAGGACUUCAACGCACAGCUGUGGCAGUUAUAGGCCAGGAGCUCACACACCUGCAGAGAUGGGUACAGGUCCAACAUCAAAAGAGAACACAUGCUGGAUUAAAGUAUAAUGUGCCCAAACCUGAAGAUAUAACGCCUGUGCCUUUAAAAGAAGAUCAGCUGUUUUAUAUACAACAAGGCCAAGAAGCAAUGAGAAAGGCUCUCUGUAUGUUGGAAGACACACAAGGAUGGAAGGUCGAGAUCACAGAGAGCGAGGGGGAUGUCAUCUGCAGCAAAGUGGUGCCGGGGGCCGGGAAGGUCUUCAGACUGGAGACGGUCCUGGAGUCCAGCGUGGACGAGCUCUACGACCUACUGUUUGUCAGAGUGGAGGAGAUGCACCAGUGGAACCCGAGCGUAGAGCAUAUCAAAGUUCUGAAGCAUGUUGGACCCGAAACAAUAGUAACUCACGAGGUUUCAGCCUCGACAGGGGGAAAUCUAAUUGGCCAAAGGGAUUUCCUGAGUGUCAGACACAGCUGCAAACAAAAGUCCAGCGUUUAUCUUGGAGGAGCAGCGAUUCAGCUGGAGUCCUUCCCACCCCAGGCAGGCUUUGUGAGAGCUGAGGAUGGACCAACCUGCAUCAUCAUUCAGGCUCUGGACGAGGAUACAGGAAAAAGCCGCUUCACAUGGCUUCUUAACAUUGACGUUAAGGGCUGGCUGCCAAAGUCCAUUGUCAAUCAGGCUUUGCCCCGAGCACAGCUGGAUUUCACCAGACACCUCCGCAGACGUCUCACAGCAAACGCCACCCUGGGCUAACUGAAUCUGUGUGACACACAAACUGCAGGAGCACCCUGUCAUCACUCACAGAGGACAACUGGGAGAUGGAGGAAAGGUGACAGCCUGGCUGGUCGGCGGAAGGCUGCCCUUUCAGCGAGAGCAGAAACGCUGCCUGGAGGAGAUGCUCAGCUCCAGAGCUGGCGCGCUAUCAGUGUUAACAGCCCAGUGCCGGCCUGGCAAAAGAAAGCUGACUUAUAAUAGGAAUUCAUGUAACAGUGUGCCACUCAAACCUCAAGAUCUCCUGAUUAGGAGUCAUCACUUGUCUGAAGACGUCCCUGCAUAUGACUGAACAAAAUGAAUAAAGUGCUUGAAUGUG